AUGCAGAAUUUCCGUUUUUUGAAUUAUUUGGCGGGAUUUGGAUGGCGGCCGAAUUGGGACUUGGGGGAGAAGAAAAAGGCAGGGAAAAAAAAAACAGAGAAAAGGCAGAAAAAGCACAAAAAAGAAAAGCAGAGAAAAAGCAGGAAAUCAGAAAAAAAACCAGAAAUAAAUCAGAAAAAAAAUCAGAAAAAAAGCAGAAAAACCUGA